UCUCCAUUCAUUCCAAACUCACAUGCUCAAUUCUCAACCUUAGUUCCUCUCUCUCUUUCUCAACCUCCAAACCUUCUUCAUUCAAAUCAAACCUCUUCCAACUUUAACAAACAAAAUAUUUUCAACACUCUCGCCAGUACCUUCUGGUCGAACUCAGGAUUAUCAAACAUUUUCUUCUGAAAACCCGAGAGUUAAAACAAAAUGGAGAACUUGAUUCGCCUAGUCGAUAAUGAAGAAGACGCAGUCUCACAUCGUUGCAUUUGGGUAAAUGGUCCUAUAAUAGUAGGAGCAGGACCAUCAGGUCUAGCAACAGCAGCAUGUCUUAAGCAACAAGGAGUACCCUUCAUGGUUCUUGAAAGAUCAAAUUGCAUAGCUUCACUAUGGCAAAAAAGAACAUAUGACAGAUUAAAACUUCACCUCCCUAAACAAUUCUGUCAACUACCUAACUUUCCAUUCCCACAAGAAUUUCCUGAAUAUCCAACAAAGAAACAGUUCAUAAACUAUCUUGAAUCCUACGCGAAACACUUUGAAAUCAACCCGCGAUUCAACGAGUGUGUUCAAUCUGCUAAAUAUGAUGAGACUAAUGGGUUGUGGAGAGUUGAGACUGUUUCCAAUGGAAAUGAAGUUGAGUAUAUUUGUAGGUCGCUUGUGGUUGCUACUGGUGAGAAUGCAGAGUGUGUUGUGCCUUAUAUUGAAGGGUUAGGUGGUGAAUUCAAGGGUGAAAUUAUUCAUGCUUGUGAUUAUAAAUCAGGUGAAAGUUUUAGAGGGAAGAAAGUUUUGGUUGUUGGUUGUGGUAAUUCUGGAAUGGAACUUUCUCUUGAUCUUUGCAAUCAUAAUGCAUCACCUUCUAUUGUUCUUCGUAGCUCGGUUCAUGUUUUGCCUAGAGAAGUUUUUGGGAAAUCAACAUUUGGAUUGGCAGUUAUGAUGAUGAAAUGGUUACCAGUUUGGAUAGUUGACAAGAUUUUGUUGAUUUUGGCUUGGUUAGUGUUUGGUAAUAUAGAGAAGUAUGGUCUUAAAAGGCCAUUGGAAGGUCCUUUGGAGCUUAAGAACACAAAGGGUAAGACCCCUGUUUUGGAUAUUGGAACCUUGGAGAAAAUUAGAUCUGGUCACAUAAAAGUUGUGCCUGGAAUUAAGAGGUUUACUAAUGGCUAUGUUGAACUUGUUAAUGGUGAAAAGAAUCAAGUUGAUGCAGUUGUUCUUGCUACUGGAUAUCGUAGCAAUGUCCCUUCUUGGCUUAAGGAAGGUGAAUUUUUCUCCAAGAAUGGAUUUCCAAAGUCACCAUUCCCUAAUGGUUGGAAAGGAACUGUUGGACUUUAUGCUGUUGGGUUUACAAAGAGAGGGCUCUCUGGUUCUUCAUAUGAUGCUAAACAAAUUGCUCAAGAUAUUGCUCAAGUUUGGAAACAAGAGAUUAAGCAAAAGAAACACUGCACUAAUGCUUGCAAUAAACGUUGCAUUUCCCAAUUCUGAAUUGCACAAAUUGUUAACAACAAACAUUAGGCAUUAGCAGUUUUGUUUCUUUAGCUAGGAAUUUGUUGGUGUAUAAAAAAAAAUUAACAAUAUUUUUGUAAAAAAGAAAAAGAUACACAAAUAAUAGAUAGCACAUAAGGAGAAUUGCUCUUCUCCAAUCUGUUUUUGCUCAUUUCCGCUGAGAAAAUACACCUGCAUGAGUUAACUCGUGCUGAGAAUACAUUUGCCUGAGGCAACUCACGCUCGACUAUUUUGAUGGGAAUGAGCAAAAACAGAUGGGGGAAGAGUAGUACUCGCACAUAAGAGUUCGAGCCAGCCCUCUCCAGAGGCCCAAGUUUUGAUUUUGUUCUUGUUUUUUGGGCCUUUCUUUUGAAAGACCAAGGAUGAUGAGGCUUUUCAUAGUUUAACCAAUUUUCAUGUAUUGACAACUUCAGCAAUCAAGUUAUAUAAUUUGAUACAGUUUCAACUUUA